AUGCAAACGUAUAAUCGCAUCGCCAUCUACGGCCACCGCAGCUGGGCGGGUGCCCCGUUCACGAAAACCAUAGCCGCAGCUGGAGCACCAAUCAAAGUCAUUUACCGCCCUGGAUCAGACAUCUCAGGCCUGCCUGCUAGUGUCACUUCUGUGCAGGUAGAUAUUGACGACGAAGCUGCUCUUAUCUCUGCUUUAGAAGAUGUCGACAUUCUUAUGCAAGUUUCAUGCGUCGGUCGCGACGACAUCAUGAGACAGCAAGCUUUCAUCAACGCCUUACCUCAGACAAAAGUCCGGCUUUUUGUGCCUUCUAACCUAGGCUAUCGAUGUGAUGAAUCGGGCCGACGAAUUCCUAUGAGGAAGAUGAAGCAAGAUAUUGAGGAUGCAGCAGAUGCACGCGGAAUUCCCCUUGCUAUCGUGGUGCCUGGAAGCUUUGCCGAGUCAACAUUUAGUGUUGGGCUUUUGGGCAUAGAUAUCACCAACAACAGAAUCGCCUAUACUGGAGACAGUGCCGACCAGAAAAUAAAUAUCUGCACCCGAAAGUACGUGGCUGCAGCUUAUGCGUCAAUUUUCGCCACUACUACGCCAGAGAAACUUGCAGGACGCACCAUUGGGGUAUCGGAGAUUCAAGUAACUGGCCGUGAGAUUGCAGCCGUCAUGGCCAAGAGAAAUGGCCAAGGUCCAACCGAGUUUCAUCAUACACUGCAAGAAGUCGAGGACAACAUUGAUAGCUGCCUCAAAGCCAAGAGUCCGCUAGCCGCGAUUUGGGAUUAUCGAAGGGUUUGGGGCAAUGGCCAGCACGUAGAAAUGAUAAAACCGGAUGUCUGGGAGGUGCCCAACUAUACAAAGGCGACACUGGAAAGUCUUCUCUUGGAUGGAGAAUUGGAGCCGUACAAGGACGUUGAUCCUCGCUUGGUUGCUGCUGUCAAUUCAACAUUUUAUUAA